CGCCCCGGCCCGUCUGCGGCGCCGCGGCCAGCUGGCGCCAGCGCUCAUAUAGGAUGCGCGGGGAUGGGACCGCGCCGGCCAGAGCAGCGGGCUUUGCCAUCUGAGUAACACCCUCCAUCCAGCCCUCCUCUCCUCCUCCCUCGCUCGCUCGCUGUGGGUUUUUUUCCCUCUCUCUCUCCUCUCUCUUUUUUUUCCCUUCUCCCCCCUCUCUGCGGCACUCGCAUCCUCCGAGCCGGCUCCAUCUCCGCCCGCCCCGCCGCGGCCGCCUGCCUCCCGCGCCGGUGCUGGCCGGCCCCGGCGCUCCCCAGGACCUGCCUCCGCGACUCUCCUGUUGACAGAGGGGACACGUUUACUUCGGGGCCACCCCCCCCUUCCCGUCCGAGGGCAAAUCCGAGUCACCCGGCUUUUUUUUUUUUCCCCCCCCCAACCCCCACCCCGCAUCAUCCCCCCCGCCGCCUCCGCAGCAGCCCCCGAGCCGGACCCCGCCGAGCGCCGCUCGCUCCCGCCGCGGGGGCGGGUGGCCGGGGCGCCCCGAGGCCGCGAUGGAGGUGGCCACGGACCAGCCGCGCUGGAUGGCCCACCACGCCGUGCUCAACGGGCAGCACCCCGAGGGCCACCACCCCGGCCUGCCGCACAACUACAUGGAACCGGCGCAGCUCCUACCUCCCGACGAGGUCGAUGUCUUCUUCAACCACCUGGACUCCCAGGGCAACCCCUACUACGCCAACUCUGCCCACGCCCGCGCCAGGGUCUCCUACAGCCAGGCCCACGCCCGCCUGACCGGGAGUCAAAUGUGCCGGCCUCAUCUUAUCCACAGCCCCGGGAUCCCUUGGCUGGACAGCAGCAAGGCGGCACUGUCUGCCCAUCACCACAACCCCUGGACCGUCAACCCCUUCACCAAGACCCCCCUGCACCCCUCGGCGGCCGGCGCGCCCGGGGCCAUCUCCGUGUACCCGGGCAGCAGCACGUCCAGCACCGCCUCCGUGUCUUCGCUCACCCCGGCCUCGCACUCGGGCUCCCACCUCUUCGGCUUCCCCCCCACCCCUCCCAAGGAGGUGUCCCCGGAUCCCAACUCCACCAGCGCGGCCUCCCCGUCGUCCUCCGCCGGGGCCCGGCAGGAGGACAAAGACAGCAUCAAGUACCAAGUGUCGCUGUCGGAAGGGAUGAAGAUGGAGAGCGCCAGCCCGCUCCGCAGCAGCCUCACCAGCAUGGGGGCCCAGCCCUCCACCCACCACCCCAUCCCCACCUACCCCUCCUACGUGCCGGCCGCCCACGACUACAGCAGCAGCCUCUUCCACCCCGGCAGCUUCCUGGGGGGCCCCGCGUCCAGCUUCACCCCCAAGCCACGAAGCAAGGCCAGAUCCUGCUCGGAAAGAAAUCCGGUUUCUUCGUGUUUCCAUUUAGAAGGCAGAGAGUGUGUGAACUGUGGAGCAACUGCAACCCCUCUCUGGAGAAGAGACGGCACCGGGCAUUACCUGUGUAACGCCUGCGGGCUCUACCACAAAAUGAACGGUCAAAACCGACCUCUCAUUAAACCUAAGCGAAGGCUGUCAGCGGCUAGGAGAGCAGGGACUUGUUGUGCCAACUGUCAGACAACCACCACGACCUUAUGGCGACGUAAUGCAAACGGGGACCCGGUUUGUAAUGCCUGCGGACUCUACUAUAAAUUGCACAAUGUGAACAGGCCUCUGACCAUGAAAAAGGAAGGAAUUCAGACCAGGAAUAGGAAAAUGUCCAACAAAUCAAAGAAGAGCAAGAAAGGCUCCGAGUGUUUUGAGGAACUGUCCAAGUGCAUGCAGGAGAAAUCGUCUCCCUUCAGCGCUGCUGCCCUCGCUAGUCACAUGGCGCCCAUGGGGCAUUUGCCACCUUUCAGCCACUCUGGACACAUCCUACCAACACCUACCCCCAUCCACCCCUCUUCCAGCAUCUCAUUUGGACAUCCACACCCAUCCAGCAUGGUUACAGCCAUGGGAUAAAACCCGAUGACCAAGAGACCCACCCAGAGAUUAAGACCAUGGGGCUUUGCCUAAGACAACACCAAGUAAGAGAAGGUUCUGCAAAGAGGAGAACGUAGGGAUGGCAGAAGGAGAUCUUUGCUCCCAUGUGGUUUAACUCUUAAUGCUGGACUAAAACCUUGCAAACGAUGGGUCUUCUGCAGCAACGUGUAGUGGUGCCUGUAAUGCACUUUGCCCCCUCAGGUAUAAGGAAAAAGAACCAACUCACCUGUUCGAUAAUUAAUGGUCCAGCAGAAAGCAAAAGGUGGCAGAAGCUGAAGGAAGAGGCUGGAACUGGCUUUCCUUUCUCUCUUUGUUAUUACUGUGAAUAUUGUAAAGAGAUACUAGCAGCCUCCGAGGUGGAAUCGGCUCACUGGAAGCCACACAUGCUGGAUUUCUAUUGUGGACUUUGUUUGGGGAGGGAAAAAAAGGACAUCUUUAUAAAGACUUAAUUUUUAAAAUGAAAUCAGACACAAAGUCAUAUUUAUUUUGCUCUUGUUUUCCACAAAACGCCUCAACCCCUCUGAUUGCAUGUUUUUGUGCUGUUGUUUGGAAUCGCCACCCUGCAAGAAAACCUGCCUUCAUAACAAGGGAGGGGGGACUGGAUUAACUUUAUCUAUUUUUCAUACCAAGAUAUCUGCUGGGAAGGGGAAAAGUAGAGAGAAAAAAAGAAAACAAAGCAAAAAUGUAGUUGUAAUACGGGAUUUUAAUGUGUCCAAGAUAGUGAUUACUUUGACACAAUUUCUUCAUUCUUUUCCCUAACAUGAAAGGUUUAUUUAAAAAAAACAGUCCCCCUCCCAGCUACCCUAUUGUUCCUCAAAAGAGACAGCUAGAUUGGACAAACUGUUGGGAAGAGACUCUUGGGAAGGCAAUCCUGCACUAGCGAGGGGUGAGAGACAGGCAUUCACCAAUCUGUGUCACAGCUACUUCUAGCAUGGCAAAACCAUCGCAGGGCAUACAAACAUCCGACUCGCAGACUUGGGAGGUUGAAGCAUUUUGUUCUGUUGCGUUGGCAGCUGUCGCUUAAAAAUGCAGAUGAGCUGCUUGGGUAAACUUACGGCAGUGUGGCCACCACGUCCCCACGCAGCCAGCCAGCGCGCGUGCUGUCUCAGGCGUCCCGGCCCCGGCGGGCUUCGCAGGGAGGAAGGGCAGAAAGGAGGCUGAGAUCACUGGAGAGGGGAAAGGGAGAGACAAUCAGUUUGAGCUUCACACGUCCGUCAAACCCCAGACUCAGCGACAGCUGAUGAGACAAGGGAAAGCACCGUUCUUAAGGGAACGGCCCCUUUCCGUAGCGCAUUUUAUAUGAAAAAACAAAAGAGAAAAAAAAUUAAAUCUCCCAUUAUUAAACCAUAUUGUACGUAAACGACCGAAAACAAAGCUAUUGCCAAUGUGAAGUGUAUUCUCUUGAUUGUUAUGAUCUGAUGCCUCUCAUGAACACAAGCUCCAGUAUAACAUACAAUGUACAUAUUUAGCUAUACUUCUGAUGAAAAUGCCCCAAUGAGCAGAGGGGUUUGAUAAUGUAAACCACGUAAGCUUAACUCUGUGACAAGCUUUUUAUUUUAUUUUUUUAACUUUUUAACUUUUUUGUUGUUGGGGUUACUCUUUUUUUUUUUUUUUUGGAUCAAGCCAAUUGUAUCUUUACUGCAAAAGUCCUGCUUUAAAGAAAAAGAAACUCAACAAAACAAAUAACAAUGGAUGUACAUUCAUUUUUUUUCUAAAUAUAUACUUCAAAUAUUUGAUAAUGAACUAAGGACCAAGCAGCCAUGGAAGACCCUGCUUUCCUUCUUUUUCUGGUCUGCGUAGGCAUAUAGGUGCACUUUGUAAAGAAGUGGAAAUAAACGGGAAACAAAAUUGGUUGGGAGAAAUCAUAAGAAUUUUUAAUCUACUGAGGUAAAAAAUUGGGUCCUUUCUACUUUUUGCCUUUACAAUGGUACAGUUGUACAUUAUUUGUACCUGACUCAAAUUUCUGUAGGAUUUGGGCAGGGGUGGGGAAGGGAUGUGGGUGGAAGACAGGGAUUACUGAUACAGUUGACAAAGUGCAAUAUAUUGUCAGUCACUGCAGCAUAGACAACGGCAGUCGAGAUUUAAAUUAUUUUGUACUUGUAUCAGCAUAAAAAAAUUCUGCAGUAUUUUCUGUUUUUAUUUUAAUUUUUUUAUUUUGCUUAUUUUUGGAUUAGUGAACUAAGUUAUUGUUAAUUAUGUACAACAUGUUUAUAUAUUGUCUGUAAAAAGUGUAUGCUUUCCUCAUAUUCCUCCAAGGUGAAUAUUGCUAAGAAUAAUAAAAUACCUUUUUUGUGAAAGUA